AUGGAAUUCAAGAGAAGUUUCAGAAUCAACACGACAGAUUGGCGAUGCGUUUAUCCAAAGGUCCACUCUUGGUCUCUAGAUGGAAGUGGAGAUUGUUGUUCGUGGGACGGCAUCGAAUGUGAUGAGGUCACCGGCCGAGUGAUUGCCCUCAAUCUCAGUAAGAGUUGUCUCUUGGGCACCAUGAGUCCCAACACCACUCUCUUUCGACUCGUUCACGUGGAGUCGCUCAAUCUUGCUUACAACAGCUUCGACUUCUCCCCAAUCUCAUACGGCUUCAGCAAUCUUUCGAGGUUACAAUGCCUUAAUCUCUCCCACUCAGAUUUUUCCGGUGAAAUCCCUCACGAUAUCUCGCAGCUAUCCCGAAAUGACUUGCUACAUCCAAUCCCUAUUUCCGAGCUUGGAUAUUGUGGAUUGAAUGGAGACUUUCCGGUUAGCAUUUUUCAGCUGCCAAACUUGGAAGUCCUUCACAUUGAAGGCAAUUCCAACCUUUCUGGUUUUCUUCCCAAACCGCAUUGGGGUUCUCCAUUGAAAUCCAUAAACCUUUACAAUACCAAAUUCUCAGGAGAAAUACCCUCUUCGAUUGGAAAUCUUAGUCUCUUGAAUGAGUUAAACGCUAGUGAGUGCCAUUUUUCGGGAUCACUUCCUUCUUCAUUGGGGAAUCUUUCUCAUCUCACUAGACUAGUCCUUCGCGAAAAUAACUUGCAAGGUCAAAUCCCUGUUUCCUUUGCUGAUCUUACCCAGCUAUCGCAGCUAAUCCUCUCUUACAAUAACUUGAGUGGUGAUACUUUGGAGUGGGUGGUCAACUUGACAAAACUUACCGACUUGGAAAUUUCAGAUAAUCGGCUAAGCGGCGGACUUCCAUCUUCAUUUGAGAACCUGAAGCAAUUGGCUUUGCUCAGCCUUUCUCACAACGACUUGCGCGGUGAUAUUCCAAGUACAUUGUGGAAUCUCAAGGAUCUUGAAGGGCUUUAUCUGAGGUCGUUUAAUAUCAAUGGCUCUUUCGAUUUAAAUGAUAUAUUCAAACUCAAGAACUUGAGAGAUUUAGAUUUGUCCUUCAACAAUAUAUCAUUCACCAAGUCAUUCAUCAAUGCCACUACAUCGAAGCUUGCCGCCUUAAUCUUGGAUUCAUGCAACUUGACUGAGUUCCCACAGUUUAUAGGCUACUUAAGCGAAUUGGUGCGGUUAGACCUACCACACAACAGAAUCCGAGGGACCAUUCCUAGAUGGAUGUGGAACAAUAGCAAAGAAUCUCUCUGGUAUAUAGAUCUUUCUCACAAUCUUUUAACCGGCUUCGAAAACAACCAGACUAGUCUUCCUUUGCCGAAGUUGGAAUAUCUUGACGUUAGUUCUAACUUGCUAGAAACAACCCUCCCUGUCCCACCUCCCUCGGUCAUGAUAUACAACAUCUCCAACAACUUCCUAUCUGGGGAAGUUCCAACAUCCAUUUGUGAACGGAGAUCUCUUGCAGUGCUUGAUUUGUCCAACAAUUGUCUGAAUGGCACACUUCCUCCUUGUCUGGGUGGUAUUGGUCCUUUGAUGUUAUUGAACCUCGCGAGAAAUAAAUUCGAUGGCAUGAUCCCUCGCGUUAACCGAGAUGAUUGUGCAUUGAGGAUGAUCGACCUAAGAGAAAAUCGACUAAGAGGGAUUGUUCCGAGAUCAUUAGGAAAUUGCGGAAUGCUGGAGUAUUUGAAUCUUGGUGACAACCAAAUUAAUGAUACAUUCCCAUUUUGGCUAUCGGAAUUGCCCUACCUAAAAGUCAUUGACUUGCGGUCCAAUAAGUUCCAUGGUCCCAUAGAAGGUCAUCUAAGCCAUCUUAACUUCACCAAUUUGCACAUCCUAGACCUUUCCAACAACAGCUUCAAUGAUAAGUUGGCAUAUAUGAAUAUACAUCAAUGGAUUGAUAUGUCUGGUUUCAUACUCGAUGGAAGUACGAUGACUUAUACGUUGACAUUGAUGAAUAAGGGCACGAAAAGGGAAUAUAGGAAGAUUCCAUAUAUGCUUGUGGCAAUUGACCUCUCUAGUAACAAGUUCGAAGGUUCCAUUCCUGAACUCAUUGGAGAUCUGAAGUCUCUUCAUAUGCUCAACCUUUCAAACAACUUCCUCAUUGGUAGCAUCCCUCCUUCCUUGGCGAACCUGACAGUGCUCGAAUCAUUGGAUCUUUCCCUAAACAAUCUCACGGGAGCGAUUCCCCAUCAACUAGCCAACCUCACAUUUCUUGAAUUUUUCGAUGUCUAUCACAAUCGACUAUCGGGACGAAUACCACAUGGAACACAGUUCGACACAUUCGAGAGCAGUUCGUUUGCGAUGAAUCAGGGGUUGUGUGGAAGUCCUCUGCCAAAUAAAUGCACAACUGGUGAAAGCGCUGCACCACCACCAUCAUCUUUCAAAGUAGAUAAUGAAGUAGAGUCUCUAUUCGACUUGGAUUGGAAAAUCGUGCUGGCUGGCGCUGGAGUUGGGUUUUUGGUUGGUGUUGUGCUGGGGAACUUGAUCAUUGACCAGAAGAGUAGGUGGUUCUUGCACUACUCCAAGAGAAUGGCAAAAGGAUGGAAAAGGUGA